AUGUCCUUUCUACUGCGCGCCUCUGCCUCGCGCAUCCCCCAGCGUGCCCUCUUCGCUGCCCCAUCACUCCGCCAUAGCUCCUCUACAGCUACAGGCAAGGGUACCACAUCCCUCCAUUCUAUCCUUAUUGCCAACCGUGGAGAGAUUGCUCUACGAGUGGGCAGGACAGCAGGACAGCAUGGCAUUCGAGUAACAACCCUGUAUACAGACCCUGACGCCCAUGCUCAGCAUGCUUUGAGCUCGCCAUUUGCAUUCAACCUGGGCGAGACCUCUGCCUAUUUGGAUGGAGACCGUAUAAUUGAGAUUGCCAAACGGGAGGGGUGCAAGGGAAUACAUCCUGGCUAUGGCUUUUUGAGUGAAAAUGCAGGAUUUGCAAAGAAGUGUACAGAUGCCGGUCUUAUCUUCAUUGGACCACCACCAUCGGCCAUUGAUGCCAUGGGUGAUAAGAGUCGUUCAAAGGAGAUUAUGACUGCUGCUGGCGUUCCCUGCGUCCCCGGCUACCACGGCACAAACCAAGAUGUCAACUUCCUAGCUGCUGAGGCUGAGAAGAUCAAGUACCCCGUCCUCAUCAAGGCCGUCAAGGGCGGUGGUGGAAAGGGUAUGCGUAUCGCCCGCAGCGCUGCCGAGUUCCAGGACCAGCUCAAGUCAGCCAAAUCAGAGGCCAUGAGCUCCUUUGGUGACGAUACCAUGCUUAUUGAAAAGUACAUCAUCACUCCACGCCAUAUCGAAGUACAGGUGUUUGCGGACCAGCACGGAAACUCCGUUGCACUGGGUGAGAGAGACUGUAGUGUCCAGCGUCGCCACCAAAAGGUUCUCGAGGAGUCACCGGCACCACAUCUACCAGAGGCCACUAGAAAGGACCUUUGGGCCAAGGCCAGAGACGCAGCGCUGGCCGUCGGCUACGAGGGUGCCGGUACCGUCGAGUUCAUCUUCGACAACGAUACCGGCGAAUUCUUCUUUAUGGAGAUGAACACUCGAUUGCAGGUCGAGCACCCGGUCACUGAGAUGGUUACGGGCCAGGAUCUUGUGCACUGGCAGCUGCUUGUCGCGGAGGGAGCCCCUCUACCUCUCACUCAGGAAGAGGUUGAAGCCAAGAUGGCCACUAUGGGCCAUGCUAUCGAAGCCCGAAUAUACGCUGAGAACCCAGAGCAGAACUUUGUGCCUGACUCAGGCAAACUGAUCCACGUUCGCACUCCCCAGCCUACCGAGGAUGUGCGUAUCGAUGCUGGCUUCGUUGCCGGUGACGAAGUGUCCUCGCACUACGACCCUAUGAUCUCAAAGCUCAUCGUACGUGGUGCUGACCGCACCGAAGCUCUCCGCAACCUCUCCAUGGCCCUAGAGCAGUACGAAGUGGCAGGACCGAUUACCAACAUUGAGUUCCUCAAGCGCGUUUGCAAGAGCCCCGACUUUGUUGCCGGUGAAGUGGAGACCGGCUACAUCGAGAAGCACCGUGAGGAGCUCUUCGCCAAGGCGCCUGUUGAGCCAGAGCUCUGGGCCCAGGUUGCUCUCUCGACCUUCAUCUCCGGGACCAGCCUCAGCAACCCCGUUGGAAACACUGGUGCUGGCGUUGGAUUCAGCCCAGGCUACCAGCAGCGCCAGUUCACCUUUGUCGAAGCCACAGCCCCCAACACACCCGAAGCCACGCCUGCUACUGUACAGAUCCAUCAAACCGGCCCAUCCAGCUAUGAUGUGACCGUCAACAACGAGAAGACGUUCAGCAACGUCACUGCCUCUCUCUCUGCCGAUGGCAAGGCCCUGACCUCUUUCUUCCCCCACACCCGUCUCGACACCACCGUCAUCCGCGACGAGGACAGCAUCACCGCCUUCCAGCACGGACGACAGUAUAGGCUUAAAGUCCCGCGGGCCAAAUGGAUGGAGAAGGCGCUCGGUAUCAAAGAACUGGCCAACAGCGUCCUAGCUCCGAUGCCAUGCAAGAUCCUGCGUGUGGAAGUAGCCGAAGGGGCGGUAGUGGAGAAGGACCAACCUCUCGUAGUGAUCGAGAGUAUGAAGAUGGAAACGGUUAUCCGGAGUCCCAUCAAAGGCGUAGUGGAGAAAAUUGUGCAUAAACAAGGGGAUAUCUGCAAGGCUGGCACAGCACUGGUCGAGUUCGCUGCUGAGCCGAAGGCCCCUGAGUCGUAA